CUUGAAAGCUUCCCCUCUUGGCUUUGAAGAACAAACAGUAUAGAAGAAACAAACACGAAUCCAACCACUCUUUACUCUUUCUUCUCUCUUCUCUCUUCUCUCUUCUCUCUUCUCUCUUCUCUCUUCUCUCUUCUCUCAUACAGAGCCAGAAGAACCAUAGCUCACCACGGGGUUCUUCUUCUUUCGUUGAUUUUUGCUGUGAUCCUUAGAGAGAGAUAUGUAUGUGGGUUCCAUGCGCAAGUCUUUUAAGGAUUCCUUAAAAGUCCUCGAAGCUGAUCUCCAGCACGCCAAUACUCUGGCGUCAGAUUUUCCUAGGGAUUAUGAUGGUGCAAGCCUUCAGAUGAGAAUGUCAUACAGUCCAGCUGCACACUUGUUUCUCUUUUUCGUUCAAUGGACAGAUUGUCAUCUUGCUGGAGCUCUUGGAUUGUUAAGAAUCUUAAUUUAUAAGGUAUAUGUUGAUGGAACAACCACCAUGUCUACCCAUGAAAGAAAAGCAAGUAUAAGGGAAUUCUAUGCUGUCAUUUAUCCCUCUUUGAUGCAACUUCGAAAGGGUGUCACUGAUACUGAGGAUAAAAAGCAAAAGGCUGUAUGCAUGGAGAGGUAUCGUAGAAGAGAUGACGAGGACUAUAGGCAAUCUUCUGACAUAGACAUUGAAAGAGAAGAUGAAUGUGGGAUAUGCAUGGAGAUGAAUAGUAAAAUUGUGUUGCCCAACUGCAAUCAUGCUAUGUGCCUUAAAUGUUACCGAGAAUGGCGAACAAUAUCACAGUCGUGCCCAUUUUGCCGUGACAGUCUGAAGAGAGUGAACUCAGGGGAUCUCUGGGUAUAUACUGAUAGAAGGGAUGUGGUUGAUAUGGCAACAGUGACAAGGGAGAAUCUCAGAAGGCUUUUCAUGUACAUAGACAAGUUGCCUUUGAUUGUUCCAGACUCCCUCUUUGACACAUACGACUCUCACAUAAGGUGAGUGAUUGCAACAGACUGAUUUUAAUGUAUGCUGUUGUUGUCUUGGGUGGAUAGUUGUUACUUCCUUUCAAUUUGAAGUUAGUCAUAUAAAGUUUGAAGCUGAUUUGGAGAAUUCAGUUUAUGUUAUAUAUGUAGAGUUGCAGUUGUUGCUUCCUACUUCUACCAAAAGUAUCCAACCCUUUGUUAUUGUGGGUUGGUGGUGAAGUUGUGAUGGUAAACUUGUAUUUAGCUAGCUAAUAUGUAUAUCCUUGUACAGAUUGAAUUACUUAACAAGAGGUUUGCACAAUCUGCUCCUGUCCCAUUACUUUAAUUGUAUCUUUGGAUUUAAUGGCAUAUGGAAGUUGUUUUUCUAUUCUGCCUUUUCCUGUAACAUAUCUUCUGUGAAUUAUUAUUCAGAAGCUAUCAUUGUUAGUAUUACAAUUGAUGUAUCAUGUAUGUUACUACUAUUUGAUGUCUAUAUAAGACCAAUGUCGUCUAUUAUGAGU